AUGAAGCUCAUUCUGACUGGCUCCAGCGGGCUCGUUGGUCACGAAAUCCUCAGCCAGUACUUAGAACACCCGUCGCCCCAAGUCGUUCUGAUGGAAGACUUUUCUUCAUAUCCCAAGACUACUUUGGAAGCUAUUAAAGGUGCGGACGCAUGCAUUUGGACACUCGGCGUGAAUCCCAAGAAGAUGUUCGAUGAUGGCAUGGCUCGACGUGUAAAUAUAGAAAAUACUAUGACUGCGGUCCGGCUCUUCAACGAUUCUUGUCAGAAGCCCUUUCGGUUUGUCUACUGCAGCGGCUACUUGGCAGAGCGAGUCAGACCAAGCGGCUCUGGUUCUUUCAAGACUACCGACGGACAAGUGGAAACCGAGUUCCUCACUUUCGAUGACGAGAAUCCCGCUUUUGAAUCCUAUAUUUUGCAGCCAGCUUUGAUUAAGCCGCGCAGUAACCCUAAUGAAUCGGUGAUCGCCAUUGGGCCUUCUAUCAAGGUGCAUGAACUAGCUAGUAAAAUGCUGAAUCUAGCACUAGAAGGCGGGACCAAAAAGCGGUCGAAAAAUUCCGAGAUCAAUCAAGAGCUAUAA